AUGUUCUUUGACGCCCGAACUACUCUGGCUGGGAUCGCCUUGAUCUCCCAGGUCUUUGCCGCACCUCUUCUGGAAACAAGAGCAAGCUUAGACACGUCGCUCUGGACUCCUCUUCAUCGCGCUGCCCAGCUUUCCUCCGCUGCAUACACUGGCUGCAGCAGCACGGCUUUUGAUAUCACUGUCACAAAGUCAAUUCAGGACACUUUGACUGACACUCAGGGGUUUGUUGGGUACUCGUCAGAGAAGAAAACCAUUGCUGUAGUUAUGAGGGGCUCGACUACUAUGACGGACAUUAUGAACGACGUCAGUACCACCCUUGUCACUCCAUCUCUCUCUGGUGUCACAUUCCCAUCGGGAGUGAAGAUCAUGAGUGGCAUCAAUCGCCCUUGGAGUGCUGUCCACGACACAGUCAUCGCCGAAGUGAAGCGUCUUAUCGCAAAGUACCCAGAUUACACCCUGGAAGCGACUGGACACUCUCUGGGUGGCUCUCUCACAUACAUCUCUCACGUAGCACUGGCACAGAACUUCCCUGAGAAGCAACUCACUAGCCAUGCUAUGGCUGCUUUCCCCAUUGGUAACGCGGCCUGGGCCACCUUUGCCGGAUCGCAAGCCAAGGCUACCUUAUACCGUGGAAACAACAUCGGUGAUGGUGUUCCCAACAUGUAUAUCAACAUCCCUUACAGCUUCAACCACUAUGGAACUGAAGUUUACAGCUCCGGAUUCCAGGCCACUACUCUCAAGUGCUCUGGUCAGCGCGAUCUUUCUUGCUCUGCUGGAAAUGGCAUGUACGGUGUCACCGCUGGUCACUUCCAGAGCUUCGGAAUUACUCUGGGCGCUGCUGGCUGCGGUUCACUCCUCUAA